AUGCCGUCCCGCAACUGGCGAGCCGCAAUCAUCGUGGGCUGCACGUUGCUGCUGACGCUGCCCCUCUACCAGCUGCGCGACCACCAGGCCACCGGAUACUACAAGCAGUACCUCUACGACCAUCUGUCGCCAUAUCUGCAGGGCCAGGGCGUCUACAACAACACGCUGUACCAUGAGGGCACCGAGGCCGCCGUCCACUCGAGCUGGAACUUCAGCUCGCCAUGCGCCGGCUUCCCCAACAUGGACGGCAUCAUGCUGGUCAUGAAGACGGGCGCCACCGAGGCCUAUGACAAGCUGCCCACGCAAUUGCUCACCGGCCUGCAGUGCAUCGACGACUUCUUGCUCUUUUCCGACCUGGAGCAGCAGAUUGGCAAGUACCACAUCUACGAUUCCCUCGACCGCGUCGACGACAAGAUCAAGGAAAAGUACAAAGAGUUCAAGCUGUACCAGGCACAGCAGGAAUGCCCCGUCUCGCAAAAGGACUGCACCGCCGGCAUGGACGGCGGCUGGGAGCUGGAUAAGUUCAAGUUCGUCAACAUGAUUGUGCGGGCUUGGGAGUUGCGCCCCAACCAGGAGUGGUACGUCUUUGCCGAGGCCGACACCUACGUCGUCUGGCCGACUCUGGUCCACUGGCUGCGCAACAAGGUCAACCCCAGAGAUAAUGUCUACAUCGGCAGCGUGGCUAUGAUCUCCGGCUUCCCCUUUGCCCACGGCGGCAGCGGCUACAUCGUGUCUGGCGCACUCAUGCGCAAGAUGGCCCAGAUCCCGGACAUCACAAAGUACGACGACAAGGCGGGAGAUGAAUGCUGUGGUGAUGUCGUCUUCUCCAGAGUGGCCAAGGAGGUGGGAACCAAGGUCUUGAACGCGCAUCCCAUGUUCAACGGCGAAAAGCCUAACACGCUGCCCUACGGACCCGGCCACUGGUGUGAGCCUCUCUUCACCAUGCACCACGUGAAUUCGGAGGAAAUUAGCAGCGUGUGGCAGUAUGAGCAGACGCGUACCAAGCAGGUUGGUACUCCCUAUGAUUUCAUGCAGAUCCGAGAAAUGUACUACGCCUUUUUCGCUCCCAAGAUGGUUUCCUUCCGAAAGGACUGGGACAACCUGUCGGACGAUACUUGCUAUAUCGCCCCCGACGAAGAGAGUCAGAAAAAGGCCACUCAGCAGCAACGAGACCGACAGGUCAAGGAGGGCGACAAAAACGUCGUCCAGAAGUAUGCGCACAACUCACCGGCCGCUUGCGCCAAGGUCUGUGAGGCUGCCGACCGCAAGUGUUUCCAGUGGCGAUUCCAGAAGAACGUCUGCUGCACGGCCAAGAGCUUCAAGCUCGGCAAGCCCAAGAAGGAGAAGAAUGACGGGGACAAGUGGACGAGCGGAUGGUUCGUCAGAGGCAUCAACGACUGGAUCGAGACCAAGGGAGAGUGCCCCGUGGAAUGGAAAAACCCUCGAUAA